GGAUGAAAAUAUUUUGUACGAGCGCGAUUAUUAUUUAUCUCUCAACCCCCAGAAGAGGAGUGUCCGCGAAUAUUUCUGAACCGACUGUGGACAGUGCUUUUUUUUACGGCUUGUUAUUUAUUUUCUCGCGAUUUUUCCCCGAAAAAGUGGCGCGCGGAACGUGUUACGAUCGGAACCCGCUAGUGCCAGUGGAUUGUUUUGUGUAAUUCGGACGGGAAAAGCCCGAUCAGAAAUGGACUGUAUCCCUGCAUCCACCAACAUCGAUCCGAUUGUCAAUACUCACCACAAAAGUGAUCCAAAAUCCAACCAUGUCGAUUGGAAACCCCCUCCGGGUGGAGGAGGCCCCGGUGAUCCCGACGAACACCCGCCCCAAAGCCACCCACCACCGGCCACGACGGAGACGCACAACCCGCCCUCCGGUGGCACCCCGAAAGCGCACUCCACAUCGGUGGGCAAACCGAUCCCGCACAAACUGGCCGACCCUAGCCUGCAGCAGAUUCCGACCGAAGAACUGCUCGGAUCCGUCACCACGUUCUACCCGAGUGGUGACGCCGAGUGCGGCCAUGCGCUGCGUACCAGCGCACGGGUGAUUCACAAAAUGCGAAUGGACUCCAUUCGGGGUAGCACUCCGCCUCCGCCGGACCGGAAGGAGGGUGGAACGAAUGCGAUCGGCGGGAAGGGCGGAUCCGGUGCCGCCGGAGGAUACCAAGCCAAGACACCCAACCAGCAGAAACCGGUCCGGGUGGUUUGGAGCAAUCAGGACAAGAACCUGUUCUUCGAGGCGCUGAACGAGUGCGGAAAGGAUUUCGAAGGGAUUGUGAACUAUCUGAAUACGAAAAAGCGCCGGAAGGAGGGGAACAAUGAGCUGGUUUUCAAGGUGAAGGACGUCCGACAUCUGUACUAUCAAUUCAACCAGAAAGUGAGCAAGUAUUUGCACUUUUCCGACGAAGUCAAGAAGGAAGCACAGGAACUGUACGGGUUGAUCAACUACGGUGAGAUGAGGAAGAAGGUUCCGUUCCAGAACAAAAAAUACUUUCACAAGUUGAAGGAUUUGGUGUACAAGGGGGCGGUGAUCAUACGGGAAAAGGGAAGGAACAUUAGAAUCAAGACUCCUUCGUGUCGAGCGUUGAGGAAACUUAAUCAGUUGGAGGAGUGGCAGGAGGAGAUUCGGCUACCGCCAAGGGUGGAUGUUAUCAUGAGACCGGCUGCGGUUGCUGCAUGGGGUCGCGUCCAAUCGUUGGCGCAGAAUCCUCGCGUGAGGAUCUCGGUGACUCUUCAGAAACGAGUGUCGACAUUGCUGCAAUUGUUGCAGUCUAAGUGGCGCCAUCAGGAUGUUCGACUGGUGGAACGGGUUUCGAGCUUGAAGACGACCAAUAUGGUGGCCACAUCGAAAGCGGCCCGGCAAAAGGCUGGCCAUGAACUGGAACUAUGCACCAGGAUGGCCGUCGAGACUGCCGAUGACGAAGGACUGAAGAUAAUGCGCUUGACACCGUCGAAAGAUGCGGUGAUCCAUCGACCGAUGGUGAAUCUGACGGAAUUCCUGAGCAGUUAUAGCAUAUGUCUGAACUCGUACGAACAACGGAUUGGGGCAAAGGUGCGGGGGGAAGCGUUGUGUUUGGAAAAGUUGAACAGCUUCAAGGAGCGGGUGGGAACGAACUCGAAAAGGCAGCGGCACGACAGUAACUCGGAGAAGCACAGUCCCGAUGGGAAGAAGGUGAAGAGUGAGGCAAAGGAAACUAAAGAGGAAAAAGUCGGGGACGGUACGGCUUUGGCGAGUUUGACCGAGAUUUUCAAGUCGCCAAACGCGUCCUGCGAAUCGUUCGAAGCGGUGAAAGAUGUCGAAGGAAGCGAUAGUGAAAGUCAUCUUACUGGUGGGAAAACCGCAGUAAUGGAAACCUCCGCUGAUGGGCCGGAUCUGAAGUGUUCGGAAUUGAACGAUUCCAUCAAACUGACCGGCAUAAGCCGUAUCAUGCUCGAACCGGAGCUGGCGCACGGUGAUAAUUCCAACGAUGGCAUCCUGGUGCUGGAGAGCGAGCAGCAGCAGCAGCAGCAGCCAAAGCAAACGAAACCAGAGGAAGGUACGGGUAGCAGUAGCAGUGAGCCUGCUGCAAACAACCACGAAGAUCUCAUCAAAACGACAGUGAAGAAAAAGGACUCGAAAGAAAAGUGUAGCAAACGGAAAGACUCGAAAGCGGGCGUGACGGCGAUGAGUGGAAUACACUUUCGACCGAUGGUCUCGGAGGAGACCAUUCAGAAAAUCCGGGAGGGAUGGACCAUGCAGAGCGUCGGGGACAUGACGGUGGGAGAUUUGUACAUCAUGUUCGGCGAGGAGAACAAGUUGCAUCUGGAGUAUCUUUGGGAAAUGCCCAAGGAACAGAGGGUUGAAGUGACGGUCACUGCCGUGGAGGCAACCGACACCGUCGUCGAUGGCGGUGUGCAGGAUCGUCCGGAUCCGAUGCCGUCCGCCGGUUUCGGGGGUGACUUUUUGAAAAGCUUAAGCGCUAACUUGCCCGUGGAUCUGAGCGGCCGACUGAAACAACUGCUCCAGAUUGCCAACCUGAACGAAAAGACUGGCAAACGACGGUGCCCCUGUGGCCAUGUUUGCGACCGAAGGAUCAAGAUUGCGGAUUCCAUGACCAGUGCGGCCGCUCUGAAUGAUAAUCUCCUGUUCAAGCAACCCAUGGUACCGAGCCGUGGCAACGCCGGCGCCACCCUGGCCAACUGUAAUGUCCUCCCAUCGCCGCACAUGCGCUACAAACAAUCCCGCUGGUGGCGAAUGCGCGUCAAUCGCCUCCAGCUGCCCUCGCAACGACUGAUGCUACCAAACGGAACCCCACCCUACCCGCCGAAUCGAGUCAACAACAAUAACAACAACAACAAUACCUACACCAAUUCGCCGAAAGUGACCAACGGCGGUCACACGCCGUCGACAGUUUCUUCGUCCAGCCAGCAUUCGCAAACUAACGCUGCCAGUGCUUCCACCAGCAGUCGAUCGAGUGCCGUCGACGAUCAUCUAACCAAGCUUCUGGAGGACAAAAUCAGUAGCUUCAGCGGCAGCGGUGGCGGUAGUAGCAGAACCAGCACCUCUUCCAAUCCUACGUCUUCCAGCGCUGCCACCGUCGACGAUAGCAGCUGUCUGAGUUUGUUCGACAUUUCGCUGCCUUCCACGUCGUCGUCUCUGAUGGCCGAUCUGAUGAGCAGUGACACCGAUUCCCGCACGGCGUCCGGUGCUGUCAUCGGGGAGAAUAGCAACUGUACAACCAUUUCGGCGACCCGGAUCCUCCGGGAAUCGCCCAUCGAUGGCAAACUGGUCGACACCGACAUCAACGAUAUUUCGUUGAGCAGUUUCCUCGGGCAUCUGGAUGCAGCUUACGAGAGCGAGGCGCCCACCCGGAAGAGGGAAUCCGACCAAAUGAACAUCAGUAUUAUCAGCGAGUCCAGCGUGGACUACAUCGCCCGGUUCGAAGAUAUCGCUGCCGAAUUGCGAGCCCAGCAGGAACAGGACUCCGUUUAAAUGUACCACACAUAACUAUUCUACAGGGAUUUUUGGAUCCAGCACACGGAAACCCUUUAUAUACACGAUAUACGUCGUAGUAGGUUCCCAUUUUUUGGACAAGGCUUUACCUUUCUCCUGGCGAAUUUGUGUUAGAUUAUUCUCGAAAGGUUCAUCACGUGUUUUAGCUACUAGCCUUCAUGAUGCACACUCUGUAUUAUCUCGAACAGGAAUGAAAACUUUCAAUCUGAAACGCUAUGUUGAUUCCAAAUUACCUUUGUUAGAGAGAAAAGCUUUAAAAUCCACUUGAAAUGUUGUUGUCUCUUUUCGUAGAAUUUUGUUUUUUUUUUCCUUUUAUUUUAUCAGCCGUGUGCAAC